UUGCCUCCUAGAGCAGGUGCUGGGGCAGUCAUUCCUGUCACCUGGGCCCCUCACUUACCGCCGUCCUGCUUCUCGCUCUCCUCCACCUCACAGGGACCCUAAGUGGCGACCAUGGGCAGACUGGGCUACUGGACCUUGCUGGUACUGCCGGCCCUUCUGGUCUGGCGCGGUCCGGCGCAGGACGCGGCGGCGGAGAAGGGUCCCCCAGCGCUGAACAUUGCAGUACUGCUGGGUCACAGCCACGACGUAACAGAGCGCGAACUUCGAAAUCUGUGGGGCCCGGAGCAGGCAACCGGAUUGCCCCUGGACGUGAACGUGGUGGCGUUGCUGAUGAACCGCACUGACCCCAAGAGCCUCAUCACGCAUGUGUGCGACCUUAUGUCUGGGGCGCGCAUCCAUGGCCUCGUGUUUGGAGACGACACCGACCAGGAGGCUGUGGCUCAGAUGCUGGAUUUUAUCUCCUCACAGACUUUCAUCCCCAUCUUGGGCAUUCACGGGGGUGCAUCUAUGAUCAUGGCUGACAAGGAUCCGACGUCCACGUUCUUCCAGUUUGGAGCAUCCAUCCAGCAGCAAGCCACGGUUAUGCUGAAGAUCAUGCAGGAUUAUGACUGGCAUGUCUUCUCCCUGGUGACCACCAUCUUCCCUGGCUACAGGGACUUCAUCAGCUUCAUCAAGACAACAGUGGACAACAGCUUCGUGGGUUGGGACAUGCAGAACGUGAUCACACUGGACACCUCCUUCGAGGAUGCCAAGACGCAGGUCCAGUUAAAGAAGAUUCAUUCUUCUGUCAUUUUACUCUAUUGUUCCAAAGACGAGGCUGUCCUCAUCCUGAGUGAGGCUCGCUCCCUCGGCCUCACCGGGUAUGACUUCUUCUGGAUUGUCCCCAGUUUGGUCUCUGGGAACACAGAACUCAUCCCCAAAGAGUUCCCAUCGGGACUUAUUUCUGUCUCCUACGAUGACUGGGACUACAGCCUGGAGGCGAGAGUGAGGGAUGGUCUUGGGAUCCUAACCACUGCCGCAUCUUCCAUGUUGGAGAAAUUCUCCUACAUCCCUGAGGCCAAGACCAGCUGCUACGGGCAGGCAGAGAAGCCGGAGACCCCUCAUCACACUCUGCACCAAUUUAUGGUCAAUGUGACAUGGGACGGCAAAGACUUGUCCUUCACUGAAGAAGGCUAUCAGGUGCACCCCAGGCUUGUGGUGAUUGUGCUGAACAAGGACCGAGAGUGGGAAAAGGUGGGCAAAUGGGAGAACCAGACCCUGAGCCUGAGACACGCUGUGUGGCCGAGGUACAAGUCCUUUUCUGACUGUGAGCCAGACGACAACCACCUGAGCAUUGUCACCCUGGAGGAAGCCCCCUUCGUCAUUGUAGAAGACAUCGACCCGCUGACAGAGACCUGUGUGAGGAACACGGUGCCAUGUCGGAAGUUUGUCAAGAUCAACAACUCAACCAACGAAGGGAUGAAUGUGAAGAAGUGUUGCAAGGGGUUCUGCAUUGACAUCCUGAAGAAGCUGUCCAGGACUGUGAAGUUUACCUACGACCUUUACCUGGUGACCAAUGGGAAGCACGGGAAAAAGGUUAACAACGUGUGGAACGGAAUGAUAGGUGAAGUGGUCUACCAACGAGCAGUCAUGGCCGUGGGCUCACUCACCAUCAACGAGGAGCGUUCUGAAGUGGUGGACUUCUCGGUACCCUUCGUGGAGACAGGAAUCAGUGUCAUGGUCUCCAGGAGCAAUGGCACCGUCUCCCCUUCUGCUUUCCUUGAACCCUUCAGCGCCUCCGUCUGGGUGAUGAUGUUUGUGAUGCUGCUCAUUGUCUCCGCCAUUGCUGUCUUUGUUUUUGAAUACUUCAGUCCUGUUGGAUACAACAGAAACUUAGCCAAAGGGAAAGCUCCCCAUGGACCUUCUUUUACCAUUGGCAAAGCUAUAUGGCUCCUCUGGGGCCUGGUCUUUAACAACUCUGUACCGGUCCAGAAUCCUAAAGGCACAACCAGCAAGAUCAUGGUGUCGGUGUGGGCCUUCUUUGCUGUCAUUUUUCUGGCCAGUUACACAGCCAACUUGGCUGCCUUCAUGAUCCAGGAGGAGUUUGUGGACCAAGUGACAGGCCUCAGUGACAAGAAGUUUCAGAGACCUCAUGACUAUUCCCCGCCUUUCCGAUUUGGGACAGUACCCAAUGGGAGUACAGAGAGGAAUAUCCGUAACAACUACCCCUAUAUGCACCAGUACAUGACCAAAUUCAACCAGAGGGGAGUAGAGGACGCCUUGGUCAGCUUGAAAACAGGGAAGUUGGACGCUUUCAUCUAUGACGCAGCCGUCUUGAACUACAAGGCUGGGAGGGAUGAAGGCUGUAAGCUGGUGACUAUUGGGAGUGGGUACAUCUUUGCCACCACGGGCUACGGAAUUGCCCUCCAGAAGGGCUCACCCUGGAAGAGGCAGAUUGACCUGGCUCUGCUGCAGUUUGUUGGUGACGGUGAGAUGGAGGAACUGGAGACACUGUGGCUUACAGGCAUCUGCCACAACGAGAAGAAUGAGGUGAUGAGCAGCCAGCUGGACAUUGACAACAUGGCGGGCGUGUUCUACAUGUUGGCUGCGGCUAUGGCCCUCAGCCUCAUCACCUUCAUCUGGGAGCACCUCUUCUACUGGAAGCUGCGCUUCUGCUUCACGGGCGUGUGCUCUGACCGACCCGGGCUACUCUUCUCUAUCAGCAGGGGCAUCUACAGUUGUAUCCAUGGUGUGCACAUUGAAGAAAAGAAGAAGUCUCCAGAUUUCAACCUAACUGGGUCACAGAGCAACAUGCUAAAGCUUCUUCGGUCAGCCAAGAACAUCUCCAACAUGUCCAACAUGAACUCUUCAAGAAUUGACUCACCUAAAAGAACUUCUGACUUCAUCCAAAGGGGGUCCCUUAUAGUGGACAUGGUUUCAGACAAGGGUAAUUUGAUAUACUCAGACAACAGGUCCUUUCAGGGGAAAGACAGCAUAUUUGGGGACAACAUGAAUGAACUCCAAACAUUUGUGGCCAACAGGCACAAAGACAACCUUAGUAACUAUGUAUUCCAAGGACAGCAUCCUCUCACUCUCAAUGAAUCCAACCCUAACACCGUGGAGGUUGCUGUCAGCACUGAAUCCAAAGGGAACUCCCGACCACGGCAACUUUGGAAGAAGUCCAUGGAGUCUCUACGCCAGGAUUCUCUGAACCAGAACCCAGUCUCACAGAGGGAUGAGAAGAUUGUGGAGAAUAGGACCCACUCCCUAAAAAGUCCUAGGUAUCUUCCAGAAGAGGUAGCCCACUCCGACAUUUCAGAAACUUCAAGCCGGGCCACAUUCCACAGGGAACCAGAUAACAAUAAGAACCACAAGACCAAGGAUAACUUCAAAAAGUCAAUGGCCUCCAAAUACCCCAAGGACUGUAGCGAGGUUGAGCGUACCUACAUGAAAACCAAAGCAAGCUCUCCCAGGGAUAAGAUCUACACCAUCGAUGGUGAGAAGGAACCCAGUUUCCACUUAGAUCCUCCACAGUUUGUUGAGAACAUUUCCCUCCCUGAGAAUGUGGGCUUCUCAGAUACCUACCAAGAUCACAAUGAGAACUUCCGCAAGGGAGACUCUACACUGCCCAUGAGCAGGAACCCACUACACAACGAAGAUGGGCUUCCCAACAAUGACCCGUAUAAACUCUAUGCCAAGCACUUUACCUUGAAAGACAAGGGUUCCCCGCACAGUGAGGGCAGUGAUCGAUACAGGCAAAACUCCACACACUGCAGAAGCUGCCUUUCGAACCUGCCCACAUACUCAGGCCACUUUACUAUGAGGUCUCCUUUCAAGUGUGAUGCCUGCCUGCGGAUGGGGAACCUCUAUGACAUUGAUGAAGACCAGAUGCUCCAGGAGACAGGGAACCCAGCUACUCAGGAGGAGGCCUACCAGCAGGACUGGUCCCAGAACAACGCCCUCCAGUUCCAGAAGAACAAGCUAAAGAUUAACCGGCAGCACUCCUAUGAUAAUAUUCUCGACAAGCCCAGGGAGAUAGACCUUAGCAAGCCCUCCCGGAGCAUAAGCCUCAAGGACAGAGAACGGCUUCUAGAGGGUAACUUAUAUGGGAGCCUGUUCAGUGUCCCCUCAAGCAAACUCUUAGGGAAUAAAAGCUCCCUUUUCCCCCAAGGUCUGGAGGACAGCAAGAGAAGCAAGUCUCUCUUGCCAGACCACACCUCUGAUAAUCCAUUCCUUCACACGUAUGGGGAUGACCAACGUUUAGUUAUUGGGAGAUGUCCCUCGGACCCCUACAAACACUCAUUGCCAUCCCAGGCAGUAAAUGACGGCUAUCUUCGGUCAUCCUUGAGGUCAACAGCAUCAUAUUGCUCCAGGGACAGUCGGGGCCACAGUGAUGUGUACAUUUCAGAGCAUGUUAUGCCUUAUGCUGCAAAUAAGAAUAACAUGUACUCUACCCCCAGGGUUUUAAAUUCCUGCAGCAAUAGACGUGUGUACAAGAAGAUGCCUAGUAUCGAAUCUGAUGUCUAAAAUCUUCCAUCAGUGUUUAUCUAUAAGGAAACAUAUGGAAUGGCCAAUGUUCUGGAGGAUAAAUGUUAGAUGUCCCAUAGUACCUUGCUAGAAGGAAGAGGACUUAGGGAGGUACUUUUUUUGUUGGCUCUUUUGCACAUGGCUCCAUGCCAUAAUCUUUCACUCAAGGAAUCUUGUGAGGUAUGUGUUGACCACAGCACAUGCCGGAUAGGUGAAUCCUUAACCAAAAACAAAUAAAUGAGUAUGGGCAAGUCUCCCAGACAUGCCGACUGGGUAUGGUGGCAAUAAUGGUGCAUCAGAUGGCAACAGUGAUAUUGUUGAUUGCCUAUUUUCCAAAUUCCAUGAAGGUCAAUCCACCAUGUAACUUCCCCAUCAGAAAUGCCUCAGUUUCUCUAACACAGAAUAAGCAAUAUGGUAUGCAUGUAUGUCUAACACAGACAAUAAGACAGUUAAGAAUGCAUCCGCACUGUAGUAAGAAUGACACGCGCAAGGACUAAGAAGUUUGGCUUGUAACAGUUCUCAGCUUUCUUGUUAUGCCUUCCAUUACAACCCUGGCUCAGCCCCCAAGAACUACAGGUCCCCCCCCCCAAAGAGUAGCAAAUCAGUGUGCUCAUCAUAUGUAUGUAUGCUACUUUCAUUGUAGUCUGUCCCCAAGACACAUCUGGAACACAUCUGUAGCCACAGGGACUCUCAGGUGGAGAGCUAGAAGAAUCUCUUUGGAUGUUAAUGUGUAUCUCUCAUCCUCAGCUUCAGUGGUCUUGUUCGGCGCUGCAUAAACACAUUUCUGUCUUCGAUAUCUAGAUGUGGAUCUUCUGUCUAUGACAUAGUGGCCGUUGUAGUUUAUCUUGAAGACUCUUGUGUACGUAAGUUUGCAUUUCCUCCCUUCUGGUGAUGACUCAGGGUUGUAUAGUAUCUCUUACCCGAUCCCUCCCAGAGUAAUCGUAACUUGUUCUGUCCCCGAAAGCCAUGAUGGUGUCUAAUUAGCUGUGUGUUGUGUUCCUAGAGUUGUUAAUGUGGUGGCAUGCUCACGCAGCCAUGUGUAAGCUAUAAGAAGUACCGUGCCCUCUGUGUGCCCAAGGCUAGCAUGGUUUUACGUUUAUCUUCCUUAAUGUCAGGAAACUCUAUUAGACACUUCUUUCUAUACAAAUCUCCUCAAAUCAAAAGCCUUCAGAUGAUAAAUCACUUGUGCAUCUGUCACGAGCACCCUCCCACCUAAGGAUAAACUCAGUAAGACAGGGUUUUCCCUCCUCUGAAAUGUGCACCAUUUCCUUAGCACCAACAGAGACAGACGAGAAGUCUUCAAUGCAUUUGUCAUUCCUGAGUCACCCACAUUGUCCUGUUCUUGGCCCCCUCAAGCCUGUGUGCAUAUGAUAGGACAGACACUCAUUAUUUUUAAAAAAUUGGAGACAGUGAGGGGACUAUUCAUGCAUGGAGAAUUUCUUAGCACAUAAAUUUUCUACCAUAUUUUUGAAAAAGAUCCAAAAGGUAGUUAUGAUACUUAUUAGGAAAGGACAUAUCACUAAACAGCAAAUAAUAUGAAUUAGACAUUUUAUUUGCUUCUUUUCUAUCAAUUAUUAUAUUUUCAAUGCAUUUUGACCUUGAAGUAGCUGGGAUAGCUGGUGAUGGUAUUUUGCACAGGACUUAGCCAUCUCAGUGUCUUACUCCUAUGACAGAGACCAGCCUUUCCUGUUUUCCUUUGUACUAGAUUUUGAUUUGGGUUCUCAGAGAAAAGGACAGCGCUACAGGUGGAAAUUCCAUCCUGUUUUUUUUCCUCACGGGGUGUUCUGGUUUGUAGCUGGUAUUGUCCUGUAGUUGGAGGCAGGGAAGUUCUUGUAGAGCUUGAGUGUGCGUGCAAUGCAGCAGUGGAAGCGUUCAGCCGACCACCAGGAGUCCAUAAUGACAUAGUGAUGCCGUAAGCCGAGUGUGGGCGAUGGAGCGGUGGAGGGGACGGGAACAGAGCGCAGACAUCUCUGAGGCAGUGCCAGAGGCUGAUAAACUUCAGAAUCACAUUUUCUCCCAUGAAUCCAGCAUUCUCUGCUUCCCUAAGGUCCAGAGAUGGAAAAGUCUGCAUUGGAGAACCUGGAAUAGUCUCCCCAGUUUCUGAUCUUAAAUUUAGGCUUCAGUGUCUGUAGUGUCUUUUAACUCCUUCAUGUUGUUUCCCCUUUGCAUUCCAGACCUGUGUUCCUCCUGCUAGGACCUCUGUCAUGUCCUCACAGAAGGGAAUUUGAAGUCUCCUUAGAAUACACGGUAGUGACUUGCCAUAAAUCCAAAGAGCUCUCUGCUUUCCUGCAUUGUUCUCGAAGCCCAGGGCAGCUGCUGAAUGCCACUCAGUUCCAGUGGGAGCACAAAUCACACUACUACUGCUUCCUCUAAACCUUCUCCAGAAUAUCCGGAGAGCAAUCUUUUUAUUUUCUAUUAACCCCAUACAAAAGAAAUUAAAAUGAGGAUUUUGCUUCCCAAACGUACCUAUUACCAGUUGUGUAAUGGGAAAGAAUAUGUAUGUUUUAACACCAACCUAUAUAAAUAACUCGUUAGUAGUUAGGGGCUGUAUGGUAAACAUUUUUUUCCUCCUGCACUAAUUCUCUGACUCUUACAUGCGAUAAUUCCAAACAAGAAACUGAGAGGGUCAGUCUCCAAGUGGAAGGUGACCAUGUGGACCUAUUUGAAGGUAAUCCAAGUGAGUGUCAUUCAUUGGAAAACUCACACAAGGAGUGGCAGAUGGAGCCUGCCGUAGGGGGCGUUGAGGACUGGAUGGGAAGCCCUGAACUGUGUUAGAGGGUCCCAGUGCUAAACUCAAGCUCCAAGCUCUUAGGCUCAAGGAUGCUAAAAAGCCAGCGUCCCUGAACCCAAUAGUCAGCUUGUCAUCUCGGAAGCUUUGGUUGUUUCCCCGUUUUGGAAAACAUCCAACGUCCUGCAGAUGGAAGUAUUUGAACUCAAAUAGCCGGGCUUCCAUAUCCUGCAUACAAGAAAAUUUUGAGAACAAAACCCCAACUCUGCAAAACCACAGUGCUCUGGGAAACAGUCCAGCCACCUUACACCUGUAGGUUUCAGGCCACUUCUAGCUUCAGUGUUACAAGAAGGCAAGCCCCCAGUGAUCUGUCUUCCUGUCAGUAAGACUUGCCUGGGAGCAAGGGGUGGUAACCUCACCACUGGGGACUGCUCUGUCCUCUGCAUUAUUGUAGCAAGCUAAAUAGUGACUGCCAUGCUCUGGGAUUUCCCCUCCCUGCCUCAGAAGAUACAUGAGAAGGCUUAAUAUUUAACUUUCUGGUGGAAACAUUAAAAUCUAUCCAUUUUAGCAAAACCCGUCAAAUCAAUUCACACUUAUUUUCUGGGGAGAGAAAAGGAAAAUUACACCUUGUUUACAAAUGAAAUAGUUUCAUUUAAAUGGGACUUUAGCCAAAGCAGUUAAUUAGUCAAACGAUCCAUGGUAGUCACACAGUCUCACGUUGUUUAUUCUAUUUGAUGUGUCUACCGCUGAUGUGUAUUAAUAUUCCGCAUCCUUCUCAGGAAAUGACAAAUGCCCUGAAUUCUUUGUAAAUAGAAUUGCUAAUGAAAAAGAAAACGAAAGUUGGUGUUAAUUAAAUGGUGAUUAAAAAUUUAUCUCCCUUAAACCUAAAAAGUGCAGCUUUAGUAAUUGCUUGUCAUAUAAAUGAAUACCGUGCACUGGAGGAGCUUGUGGUUUAAGACCUAAAUAAAUACUAAUGUGAGAAGCAGAAGUCUCUGUAGGAAGAGCGGAAUGUACCCAUUGGUGGGUUACACAUCCCUGCACUGUUUCUCUGUGUGGAGCUGUUCUGUGGAAAUCCUCAAGAAAAGGCUACAACCUGCUUCAAGAUGGAGCUGGUCGGCACUCUUCUUGGCUAUCAAAGACUUAAUUGGACUUCAAGAAAUGCAGUUUAGGAGGAAACUAAAUUUAUCAGUCAGUAUUUAAUUGUAAUUCAAGGUCUAAAGAAAAGACAUCUUCUUUUCAAAAGCAUUAUUUAUUCGACUUGAGUCGAAAUUUGGCCUGUCUGUGUGUCCUCCCUCUUCUUUUGGUUGAAUAGGGUCAGAAGCAUUCAUUGGGAGUUUACGGGUCUCUACUUGAAAAGUUUUCCAAUGCGAAGUUGCCAUUUCUCAGUCAGCCAUUUUCCUGUGUACUGUGUUCAUCUCUAAUUAUCUCUGAUGAGGUCAGCUUGAUGCAGAUCAGAGAUGACCCAACAAUGCACUCCUGUGAAUACAGUUGCACAUGUGUACAUGUAUAUAUUAUACAUGCUUGGUUUCUACAAUUCACACUUAAGUGUAUUAUCCAAACAAACCUGUACAUAUUGUAAAGUUUCUGUUAAAAAUCAAAUGGUGGUGAUGGUGUGAACACACAGAAAACCCAUUCUGAUUAUUUUGAUAGGAGGGUAUUUAUGUAGAGAGGGCAUUAUAUUUUUUUAAAUAUCAGCUGUAGGAAGAAUAACAGGGCUCAAGGGGCCUUGAGCAUUGGUGUCCUUGGCCCCUUAAGGAAUAAAAUUUAGAGUGAGGAGUGUGCAAUAUAUGCUGCUUACAUUCAUUUUUGAAUAUGAUGCUGGUGUGGACUUACAUGUGGCUUUGUAAACCCAUCAAAAGACGUAGAUUUCCUAUUUAAAUCUCUCUCGGCUCAUCUGUGACUAGGAGAGCUAUCAGCAUAGAAGAAACACAAGAUGCCUGUCCAGAAAAGGCUUAAACUAAGUGGAUUUUGUGUAAUGACAUCAAGAUCUUGGGGAAAGGAGACAAGUGACAGGUGACAAGGGACAGUAAUCUGUCUAAGGUAAAAUUGGAAAGCAUCGGAGCUGGGGCUGGAACCCAAGACUCUGUAGUCUGAUUUCUGGCUUGGUACCUUUACCAAGCUGCCAUUUCUCUAGGUUUCUUUUGGGAAGACACUCCCCAUGAGUCCCUCUGGAAUAAGAGCCGGAGAAACUCACCGAACUGCCCUGGUUUUCUUUGUCCCUUGCUCUUUGCAAAUCAAGCAUGACUCUCUGAAUUUGGUUUUUCUUUAAGCUCCUUUGCAACCCCUCACUCUCUCAGGGCCCUGGAGAAGAGAUCUCCUCUUGGCCUGUCCUCUAGAGAAGACCCACAAAGGGUAGAGUUUAGAGUUGUGGACCAAAGAAGGCUGGCAGCAACGAGGUCUCAUCUGAGCAAGGGCUGCCAGCCAGCCCACAGGACUAGACAAGGUGGCAGCUUCAUCUGAAGUCCACUUUGGGACCCCGGGGCUGCAAAUGGAAUGGAAAAUAGAAUCUCUUCCUAUAGGUAGUUCCUGGUUUAAGAAGUAAAUUCCAAAAUAUAAAAGAUAAUCAACAACCAUAAAACAAAAUCAGACUAAAUAGUGAAAAUUAGAAAUAGGUAAUAUGCUAUUGUAAGAAUAUAAAAAAUAAUUGAUACUGUAAUCAAAACUCUUUUUUUUUUUAAAAAAAAAAGGUUCUUCCAUGAGUUUUAAGGAACUUUGGGGAAUGCAGUUGAUGUCUCUGCAAAUGGUCUUGAUUUGCUUGAUGUACCCUGAGGCAAUGUGGGGGGGUGGGAGCAACUAACCAGGUAAAAACUCAUUUUUUUGUAUUGUUUGCACAAGUACUCUUGAGUCUGGCUCCAACCAGCUCUCCAUGGCUUACCAAAUCAUGCCUCAAAUGCUUCAAAGGGGCCGGAAAAUCCUUCAAAGGAUUAUAAAAAUAGAUCAUGGUGUAAAGAAGAAAGAGGAAACAUACGGAAAACUUUACCAGUUGGGUCAUUUAUGGCCAAUGAAGACUUUUGUUAGCUCAGGGUGUGGACAGGUCAGGGGAGAGGGAAAGAGUGUUUCAUGGAGUCCCAAGUGCCUGCUGUCAUGGAUGGCAAAAGAAAUGUCAGGUUCCCUAGUUAAAAAAAAAGAAAGAAAAAAAACAAGAGAGAGAGAGAGAGAGGGCAAGGAUGCAAAGGAAGGGAAUCCAGGUGUAUUUCCAGAAGGAUGGAGGGGUGGGGCAGAUGUGGAAGGACAUUUCCAAGAGUGUUUGUACAUUGGGUACCAUUCUGUGCAUAUGAGAAUGUUACAGUCUCUGCUCAUCAUGAGUGUGCACCAUGGGUCAGCAUCUGAAUCUUGAAAUACCCAGCUAUUUCUAUACUGAAUGAGUUUAACCUAAAAGUUAAGUUAUUGUUCCCAUUUUGCAGAUGAGGAAACCGAGGCUAAGAUUAUUCUAAGCCUCACUAGCAACAUGGAGGUCAGACUAGAAGCAGAAAGAGAUUUACUAAUUUGAGGUCCCCAGGAUUUUCCCCAAGCACCCUGCCCAGGUUGCCUGGUUUGGGGUGUAUCAAGAACUCUUGGGGAUUCCUCCUCUGUUCACAGCCCCUUCCAAGACUGGAACACUGUCCAUGUCUCUCCUCCUCCCUGUGCUUGCACUCAGCAUUAACUUUUUUUACUUUUUAUUUUGUUUGCUUCGAAAAUUUACCUUCUCUAUUUAGCAUGUGCCUAACCUUAAAUAUCCCCUUGCCCAUCUCUUUUCUUCUUUAACAGUUGGCAUCAGGGCUAGUACCGUUAACACAUGUACAUAGUAUGCUUUCCCGGGUGUGUGAGCAGUCACACACGCACAUGCACACACUGCCUCGUGGUCCUCAGUCAAAGCUCCCUGCAGCACUGUCACCCCUUUCUCACAGGACGCUGUCUGCAGACCCGCCGAUUCUCCUGUCCAUCUGCGUUGGUCUAUCUUUGCCAGGCAGAUGGAAUGGAGUUCGGAGGUAGGGCAGGGAACAGGGAAUAGUUUUGCAUAAAUGACUGAGUACUUUAGUCGUCAGGGUGAUUGAGGGCCAGCUAUUAAAUGCUGUUGUUGUUGUUGUUGCUGUCAUUGUUGUUUCUCUUGAUCUGUUCCAUUUGUUAAAUUGCCUUAGAGAUGCACUCCUGGUCAUUAGUGUCAGGAUAAUUGUCGACGCACCAACACUUGUUAAUAUCCCAAGGAAGAGUGUUGAAUUGGGAUGCUCACAGCACUUUAUAGGAGCCAAGAGUGGCAUGGUGACUAAUAAGUCAUGCAGACGACGCUCCCGAGCACAGAGUGCCAUCUGGGCAUCCCAUCCCACCCAUGUUCUAAACCACACUUCUUUUCCGGCAUUUAUAUUUACAGUAAGGUAGGGCACAUUAGGCUCAUUUUAUAGAUGAGAAGAUUGAGCUGGGAUCACAAGGAAAAUGACUUUGGAAGGCUCCAGAGUUACAUUUUUAUAAAAAAAAAUGCAAUCAUUGCUCCAAGUACUUCUGGGGAGUCUUUGAGCACUCCUCAUAAAUGCCCUUAGCUUGAUUCCUGAGAAUAACUAACUCUCCAGGUGUUAUCAUCCUCCAAGCAGACAGUCAGGUGCCUCUUACUAUGGAGAUCACC